AUGGUCCCACCUCCGGUCCCCCUCAUAGCAGCCCCUCCCAACUCCAUCGGUGUUGGAUCCAAGGUGCUGGGUAAUGGAACGGGCGGAGGUGAUGGGAUCCCAGUCAUGACAGGGGCCUUCAUGGACUCCUCACCCAAUGACAACUACAGUGCCGACCACUCGCUCUUCAACUCCUCGGCCAGCGUCCACGCUGCCUCUGCGGCUGCCUCAGCCCAGGCCCAGCAGGAUGACCAGUCUUCGUCCAGUGAUGCCAUCUGGCUCUGGAUUGCCAUCGUCGCUACUAUCGGCAACAUUGUGGUGGUGGGAGUGGUCUACGCAUUCACCUUCUGA